AUGGCUAACUGGCUCUCGCUAUCAAAACAGGAACAUGAAAACCGCUUCCCCGGUCGAACUGUAGGAGGCAUCAGCAGGCAGCUGCUCGAGCUGGUCAGCUACAAGCCCGCUCGAGGUGAGAAAGGAGGAAGCGAGAUGUCAGAGCCUGAAGUUCCUAUGAAACGACCAGCUGAUGAUAUACCUGGACGACGCGUCAGACGCAAGUCGACUCGAUAUUCAAUUGUAGAUGACAGUGACGACACGGACUACGUCGGCGAGGAUCCCUCUGACUUGAAGGCUAACACAAGAACAAAGACGAGACAAAGUCUACCGAGAGGAGAGAGUCAGCAGAAUAUGGAUAUUGACGAAGACUUCGAUUCAGGCAAGUCCGACUCUGCGAGCGAGCACAGUUGUGAUAGUGACCCUGGUGCCGGAGAUAUCACUGCCGAUGGCGAAAUAGAACCUUAUACACCACGGCGCAGGAUGAGAAGAUCGCCCCUUUAUCGGCGCACGUCUAUGCCGUCUCUGAAAAGACGUUCCACUGCGGCUAUUGCCCAAGGCAAGCCCUCCCAGGAUGCCGGCCAGGCUGCAUUGGAAUCACGACCAAUGCCUUCGAAUCCAGGAUCUCCGAGUUCAUCCGCCAGGCGGAACCCUCAUCCUCUGCCCCCCAAGCCUCCGAGUACUCUUCCAAUGUCUGAACCCAGGAAGGGUCUAUCUCAUGUAGCAACACACUCAACCGCCGCCCAAGUUGAACGGGAGAGAAGCAUGACGGAUGAAACGGCCAACCGGUUAAACGCCAUCCGGCGGAAGGGGGACUCUCAGCCCGACUCUGCAUCUGGCCCCGACGACGCAUCUGCUCCGGAUACCUCGAUAUCCAGCAGCGAAGACGCCCCCGCAUUCUCAACACCCCUCGCCAGGGCUACUACCGCACCUCUUAUCCAACAAAGACAGAGGCGGGAAAGUAUAACUGCCGCAUCUGAGCCGGCCGGAAGGGGCGGUGACUAUAUCCAAAAUUCAACACCAGACCCUGUCUCUGGCAACGCCAUUGCCACAGCCUCCAUCCUAGCCACGCCAGCCCUGGGUGCAAUAAAGCCUGAGGUGGAAAUAGAUGACCCUGCCGCGGACCACCAGUGCCCAGACCCAGCAGCCGAACCAGACGGAUACCUCUCCUACAGCGAAUUAAACUCUAGACUUGCACAAGAAGUUGCCAGGCAUUCAGGAUCCCUAGUUGGUAGCGCAGAACUACUAGCAAAAAACACCUGCAUUGCGCAAAUAAUGGCACAAUCAUACGCGGCGCAGGCGGGAACGCUGGCUGUCCAAUUGAAAGGGCGUGAACUUCGCAACAAAAAUGAGGUCGCCGAUUUCAUUCGCCAGAUAGAUGAUCUUAACAAGAAGGUAGACCAGUACGAGUCCCAGAUCCAGAAGCUCCAAGAAGGUACCGUCGAUCCUAGGGCAAUAGAUGAGCUUAAGGCCACGGUAGAAAAGCGUGACGAGGAGCUCCGUCUCCAGAAUACCCGGGCUGAGGCCCUCCUGCAAGAGGUUACAGAGCGCGAUACUCGCAUAAGCGAGCUUUGCCACGAGGUCGAAGCGCUGACCAAGCUGGUUGAAGAGCGUGAUGGCCGUAUUGAGGAAUUCAAAUCGCUCACCGGUAGCAUGGGUCUCAGGCAGAUGGUGGAAAUGGCUUCAAGGUUGCAAGAAUGGGGAUUGGUGCCUAAUUCAAAUACCUCGUCUUGA